GGAUGAAAGCUAGUUAUCCUUGCUUUCGUAAUCAUCUAUUUUCACUGCUUCCUAUGGGCCAUUUUUCUAAUUUUUCACAAAGAUCGUCACCAAAUUUCCCAUGUUGAGGCAGAAUUUACUGGACGAGGAGUUCGAGAGCCUGCGCCGGAUUGCCUUGUCCAUCUGCAACACCCUCGGCAGGCCAAAGGAUCGCGAGAUCUGCAAGAGCACUCUAGAAGUGCUGGCCAGGUUCAAUCAAGCCCAAUCGGUCACUGUCAAACAGAAUGUGCACGACUUUAUGGUCUUCUAUCUGAAAGUGCUGAGAUGGACGUACAAUAACCAGCCCAUGGGAAUAUACCAGGCGUGGUAUGGCAAGGACUAUGGGGCUGAAGCUGCCUCUAAUGCAGACGGACCUUCAUCGCAGGAGGUUCGCGCCUGGCUAGAGGAGGGUAAGUCUUUUAUGGCGAUGAAAACCUUCGAGGAUGGCUCGACCAUAAUCUACAGUGCAGUGGCAAAGGAUCCAAUGGCUGGUUGGGCGGAAAAUGGUCUGAAAUCCCUCAUGGAAUCGAAGGCUGGAUGUAGUCUCACGCCCGACGAUAAAUAGUAACUUAAAUACACUAUAUAAAUAUAUUUUGAUUGUGGCUGUAUCGCUUUAGGUUACAUUUCGAUUUACAUUCUUUAUAAAAUAGAAGUUGGGAAUGUGUACUACCUUUCUCUUAAUACAAUCAUA